AUGGCUGCUCCCCUGUAUACAACCGCCUCAGGGCUGCUUUUCCAUGCAGGAAAGAUUCUUGUUCUAACUGUUGGUCUUCCUGCUCGUGGCAAGACGCACAUCUCGCGCGCGCUAGAACGCUACCUGCGCUGGCUCGGUAUCCGAACACUCGUCGUCUCUCUCGGCGACUAUCGGCGCAAAGCUCUAGGUAGCGCACAGCAGAUUCCAAAGGAUUACUUCACAUUAGAAGGCGAAAAGAGUGAAGAAACAAAGCGAUUAAGAGCUAAAGUUGCGGAAGGAUGCGAGCAGCAGAUAUUCCGAUUCUUUGAGCAAAUGAAUGGUCAAGUCGUUAUUUAUGAUGCGAACAACGGUACCCGAGCAGGUCGCCAAGCAAUCGCAGAGAGGUUCGACAAGAGGGGUAUUCAUGUUGUAUUCCUUGAGAGCGUUUGCGACAAUGAGGAAAUCAUUGAAGCAAAUAUCCGAAGCGUCAAAAUCUCAUCCCCUGAUUAUAAAGGCUGGGAUCCUGAACGUGCCGUCGAAGACUAUUAUGGUAGGAUUCGUGAUCACGAACGAUACUAUGAACCUGUCACAGAGACCAAUUGGCCAUUUAUUCGAAUAUUUAAUGUGGGAGACAAGAUAGAGGUUAACGAUAUCAAAGGCUAUCUACAGUCGCGUAUUAUCUUUUUCCUUAUGAACAUUCACAAUAAAUUCCGGACAAUCUACUUUGCCCGGUCUGGCCAAUCACUCAUCGAGCACUCGUAUAAGGCAGAUUCAGAUCUAUCUCCUGCGGGAUGGGAGUAUGCAACACGCCUUAAGGAUUUCGUUCUUGAACGUCGUGCAAAGGCACUGGAAGCCAGAGGAAUGAACCCUGCCGAGAGGAAGCUUGUGAUAUGGACUUCCGCGCGGAGGCGUGCACACCACACAGCUUGGCCGUUUGUCACCCAUGCAGCCACUUACGGUCCCUCCGCAGCCCCAACGCCGGGUCUAAUGAGCUCCAAUCCAGGUUCCCGCCAAGGAACACCCUUGCUUACUGCCGUUACCAACUCUGCGGUGGCCGCGGGUGCGCCCCCGCCGCUACACUUGCCAGAAGCGGCAACUAUUGAGAAAGAAUUGCUUAGGAGACUUGGAAAAGAUGGCACUUUAUCGGAGCCCCCAAAAUCAGACAGGCUUGCUCCGCCUGGAGAUUCUCAAAAUCCGGCUGCACCGAAGCGGUUAUUCUCUUCAGUAAAAGUGAUUGAGAAGCAGCAGAUGAGCGAGAUCAAUCCCGGUGUUUGGGAUGGCCUCUCACCUGAGAAGGCACAGGAGCUCUAUCCAGAAGAAUGGGCCCGCUUUUUACGCGAUCCAUACGCAUUCCGAGCUCCACGUGCAGAAAGCUACCACGAUCUAUGCGUGCGACUGGAGCCGAUACUAAUAGAGCUGGAACGCGAGCAGGAAGAUUUGCUCAUUAUUGGUCAUGCCUCCGUCAUCCGGUGUUUGCUCGCCUACCUUAUUGGAUUACCCGCAUCCGAGAUACCCGCGAUUGAGGUUGCUCGUGGAGAUCUGUUAGAGGUACGGCCGGCGAGCUACGGAGUGCACAGCCAAGCCUACCACUUCUGGGAUGGACCAGGGAGGCGAGGAAGUAGCAGCGGUAGCGGCGGUUCUGGGUCAGCUAAGGGGCUUGGUCUGGAUGCUGGUCCAGGCAAGCCGAAGUCUCGAGCUGGGAGUGCUGGUGCUAUUACUCGUGACAAGGAGAAGGCAAAGCAGCGUGCGGCGAGUAUGAAGGCCGGAACCGAAUGGUGGGCAGCUAGCGAGACGGCCAACACAAUCAAAGGCCCCACCACCGAAAGGUUAGCGCCAGGUGAUGCUUUCGACGGCGCAGGUGGGUCAGGAGGCGCGUUUGGUGAGGCGAUUGCAAGUGACGGCGAAAGUGACGGUGGCCAGGACGGCGACAAAGAAGAAAUGCGAGAUUCGCAGGAAGUCGCUGGAGAAGAGGAUUCCGAUUCCGACGGCUCGGCCAACUUCUACGAGAACGUUGCGGAGGACACCAGGGGCAAGAGAAAGAUCGACAUUGAAUUUGCGCAUGGAAUCUGA